AUGGAAGAGAACCUGAAGAGCCAGGCAUCUGAAGUAAGGGAAGCUCUGAGUAGCAGGAUCAGUAAGAUACUUGGGAAUUCAUCUGAAAUGGGGGUCCUGAAAGGUGGGCAAGUGGUAACUAAGCUGUUGCAUAAAGCUAGAAUGAGAAUAUCAGUGCACCUCCAGAUUUGCUUGGCAAUGCCAGAUGACACAACAUUUACCAAUACAUCAAUUUCAGAAUAUGAAAUUGAUUGGGCCACACUAACUAUUGCCCAUACAAUGGUCAAUCCCAUUGUCACCACCGAAUGGGGAUGGGUCAGCAACCUCCGAACUGGAAAGGCUCAAGAAGUACUUCUCUGA